GCUGCAGACGAUAACAAAUGGCAUCAGAUAUGUGUGACUUGGGAAAACAGUAAGGGCGAAUGGAAAAGCUACAAAGAUGGAGUGUUUGUGAAAUCAGGUGUAGACUUCAAGAAAGGUUACACCAUACAUGCUGAGGGUUCCCUGGUGCUUGGGCAAGAGCAGGACGAUGUCGGCGGAGGUUUCGACUCAACACAGUCGUUUGUUGGGAGACUGGCAAAUGUUAAUGUGUGGUCGUAUGUGUUACCAGGUUCUACCAUCAAUGAAUUGUCAAAAUGCUGCUUGACAGGGGAAGGAAAUGUUUACAAGUGGUAUGAUUUCUUAUAUGGAAUAAAAGGCAACGUACGUUUACGGAUUCCAGCAGGAUGUCCUUGUACCUUCUAAGCUCACAAAAGGGGUUCGGAGCAGUAAAGAAAUAAUGAACGAAAUACUGUAGCAGUAGUGGUAAAUUCUAUUCAUAGUUUUAGUUGCUGGUGUGCUUAAGAAUUAGGGCUCUUACUGUGACAGGAAUUUUAAUCACAAUAAACCUUGUACUCGAGCAAUUAUCAUAUUCAUUUGCUCAAUUUUCUGUUUCUUUCCGGAAAAAGAAUGCACAAAAAAGAUUAGGAUAACCUCACACCGGUCCAUUUCUCCAAUCAGCGAAUCCCUUAUAUCGCCCUAUCUUUACACAGGCGCAGAAUAAUUCACUCGACACCAUUUGUCCUGGGGUAUAAGAUCGAUUAUACGAGAAACAUAAAACCGACGGUAACAAUGCAAUGCCAUCCUUAUAACAACAACACCACCUUUAUUACACAUUGAACAGUUUACAAGUAAUAAAUUACAGUGAACUAAAAAGGAGAAAGGAAAUUUUUCAUGCAACCCGCCGUGAGCUUAAGCUAAUCGUGGCCGGAGGCGAAGAGGACAAGAAAGAAAAUAUAAGAAAACCUAAAUGUAAUAACUUUGCGGAGAGAACAAAAAUUAGAUACCCUACAUUGCGUAAUGGUUUGCUAAAAACAGUUAAAUCUAUUAAAUACGUUACAUAUACAUUUUGAAGAGCUUGGGUGUUGUAUUUGACUUCAACAUAUAGUCGUUCCUAUCCAAAAAAGUGUAGAAUAAAAAUCCUGGAAUUUUUCUGUUAAAAACGAAUUUAGAAGUAUCUCUUCAGUCGGAAGGAAUUAGGUUACACACUUUUGUUCCAGUUAUUGAAAAUGAGCGUUUGACAGGAUUAUUUUGCUCCAAAUACAGUGAUUUUGCUGGAAAACAAGGAAAUACCAGUUCAACAGCCUCAACCUGAAAGAGAACAAAGCCGCAAAAAAGAGAAAGAGAAACAGCAACAAAAACAACAACAAUAAAAACAUUAAACAGAGGGGUAAAGGGCGUGGGUUAGAUUGCAUUAUUUCAUUCCAUCUCACGUUCCUCGUCUAAUCUAUCUUGCACAUCAGGACUUACGGUUCCUUGUAUAAUCUGGCAUUAUACUUCUGAACAUUCUACUCCAUGUAAUAAUUCAUGUUCAAAGGCAGGCUACUCCUUUCCUCGGGAGCUGAUAGAACUGACCUACUUGCAUCAGCGAAGCGCAGGCGGCUCCUGCACAGGUCUAUAACAGAAAUGCAUGAAAGUAGAGUGAGAUGACCAGAAGGCCUGGCGGAAAUGUUGGAUAUUCGCCACUUUGAGGUUGCGCGGGAGACGGGGUGCAAGUGCAUUGUGGGACUGUUUUUGGGGACGCCUUUUCAACAAGGCGGCAAAUUUGUUCCCAAAACAGUNAGUAAUAAAUUACAGUGAACUAAAAAGGAGAAAGGAAAUUUUUCAUGCAACCCGCCGUGAGCUUAAGCUAAUCGUGGCCGGAGGCGAAGAGGACAAGAAAGAAAAUAUAAGAAAACCUAAAUGUAAUAACUUUGCGGAGAGAACAAAAAUUAGAUACCCUACAUUGCGUAAUGGUUUGCUAAAAACAGUUAAAUCUAUUAAAUACGUUACAUAUACAUUUUGAAGAGCUUGGGUGUUGUAUUUGACUUCAACAUAUAGUCGUUCCUAUCCAAAAAAGUGUAGAAUAAAAAUCCUGGAAUUUUUCUGUUAAAAACGAAUUUAGAAGUAUCUCUUCAGUCGGAAGGAAUUAGGUUACACACUUUUGUUCCAGUUAUUGAAAAUGAGCGUUUGACAGGAUUAUUUUGCUCCAAAUACAGUGAUUUUGCUGGAAAACAAGGAAAUACCAGUUCAACAGCCUCAACCUGAAAGAGAACAAAGCCGCAAAAAAGAGAAAGAGAAACAGCAACAAAAACAACAACAAUAAAAACAUUUAACAGAGGGGUAAAGGGCGUGGGUUAGAUUGCAUUAUUUCAUUCCAUCUCACGUUCCUCGUCUAAUCUAUCUUGCACAUCAGGACUUACGGUUCCUUGUAUAAUCUGGCAUUAUACUUCUGAACAUUCUACUCCAUGUAAUAAUGCAUGUUCAAAGGCAGGCUACUCCUUUCCUCGGGAGCUGAUAGAACUGACCUACUUGCAUCAGCGAAGCGCAGGCGGCUCCUGCACAGGUCUAUAACAGAAAUGCAUGAAAGUAGAGUGAGAUGACCAGAAGGCCUGGCGGAAAUGUUGGAUAUUCGCCACUUUGAGGUUGCGCGGGAGACGGGGUGCAAGUGCAUUUUGGGACUGUUUUUGGGGACGCCUUUUCAACAAGGCGGCAAAUUUGUUCCCAAAACAGUCCCAAAAUACACUUGACAACCAUCUCGACCCGGUCUCUCGUGCAACCUCAAAGUGGCGAACAGCCACCCCACUCCUUGCAGCAGCAGAGGUGGAUGCCCUAGGGACUGAAUGAAGCUUACAUUGAAAUCUGUUAAUACCUGUCGCUUGUAGCAAAUCCCUUACCUUCCUGCCAACAGUACAAGUCGAAACAGGUUUAUGAGGUUGAACUAUUAACAAGGACAGCUUUUAUUUUCCCUUUCAUUGCAAAAGAGCCUGUCAGCAGUUCCAAGCAGUUUAUGUGAUGAAAAUGUUCGGAAUGACUCCAUAGGCCAACUGUGCUCACCCCAUUGCAAUGGGCACCCCAGCGUUCCCUUGACGCAUCGCUUUCUAUUAUGUACGGACGGGUUCUGGUUUGCCAGCGACAAUGGAGGAUUCCCCAUCGCGCCUUGUUCCAUGACCCUUUACAUGUUAAAGAAAGGGCGUCACGUUGACGGUUUGGGGGCAAAACUGGUGCCCUACUCUCUUUCGAUAGGACUGCCACUCUGAGUUUCUGUGAAAUUGUUGUUUAAGUAUGUCCUGCUACCUGAAACGAUCUCUGGAUAAUAGUCAGGAGGCCAGUCAGUUUCACUUAGAAGAAGUGGAUUAUAGAAGUUUGAACAUCAUCAUUUGAACAUAAGCUUUAUUUGCAUGACUAUAGCGGUUUUUUGAGCGAUUUUGAAUGAAUUUGAGUUCGCCGAAAAUCCAUCCGGAGCUAGCCCUCGAAGAAAAUCAAAAUCCCACAGUAUUCGAGCUACUGGAAUGCGUAGCAAGAUUCAUACGUGCCAGCCACAAACUGUCCCGCUGAUUGCCUUUUUUUUAUUGGAUGUCGUUAAAUAAUAACUGAUGAAGAAGACUUGGUAAGCGUUUGUUGUUUAACGACAUCCAAUCAAAAAGAGGCAAUCAGAGGGACGGUUUUUGGCUGGUUCGUAUGAAUCUUGCUACGCAUUCCAGUAGCUCGAAUACUGUGGGAUUUUGAUUUUCUUCGAGGGCUAGCUCCGGGCCGUUUGGAUGGAUUUUCGGCGAACUCAAAUUCAUUCAAAAUCGCUCAAAAAACCGCUUUUGAGGCAAAAGGACGACUAUACACCACAGGCAAGGUAAUUCAACGUUUAUUUAUCAUUGAUUUAUAUACAUAGUUAGCGAUAUAUCGCUAUAGGUGAAGCAAACGGUAAAUCCAGUACAUUUACUAUAAAAUAACAAUCGGCUACCCAAACAGAUUGUGUGGGCGCCCUGUGGUUUGUGUAAUCAAAUGGUGACGAGUGAAAUUAGGGAAUAAUUUCACGCGUGUUUUGUCCCAGCCUAAAGGCUCGGGAAAUUAUUAGGAUUUGGACAAAACGCAAGUGAAACUAUUCCCUAAUUUUACGAGUAUACCAUUUGAUUACCUGUGACAAAUUACGUUAGUAAUCUUGGAUUUUUGACAUGUUUAUCCUGGAUCGUAUCGAUCGAGAACUCUGACUCGCUCAAAUGUUUAGACCUUAAAUUUGGCUUAUAAAGUUUAGAAUUUUUCAGACUUUUUCGGUAAAAUACCUGUUAGAAUCCUUCUUGAUAUUCUCUUGUGUGUUCAGGUUUUCUAAAGCAUCUUUUUGUGCCCUGACAUCUUCAUUCACGGUAUUUUAAAACUUCGUCGACAUCUUGACACUGAGACGUACGGAAGGUUGCCAUGGCAUUUUGUAAUUUCACAUGUGAAAUUACGAAUUAACGCUGAAAUUUCGCACCAAAAUUAAGGAGUGAUUCGUCACCUAUGAUACUAUUACGUAAAUCAUUACAUAAUGAAACAAAUUUCAACAUAUGUGAAUUUACAGGUAAGAGUUAAGAGUCCAAACGUGGUGUAAACACUGCAUGCAAGUUAGGUCGAAAGUACUCGUUGUAGUCUGACGGCGGUCAAAUUUAGAUAAUAGAGACCUUAGGAUUGAGGUCUGGUCAUUUUACUGUAAACAACAAACUGCGGUUUGCGGUUAACGGUUUCACUUUACCCGUCUGCCUAUAUUUGGGACUUAAGAUUCGCUGUUGGUAGCUUGCGGCGGCCAUGUUUGUUUUCAUUCAUCCACCUACUUCUAUUUUAGCUGAGAAAUUGUCUUCAAAAUUACGUUUUCUUGAAAUAGAACUCGAUAAUCAGUAUGCAAAAGAGUUCUAAAAAGUCGUAUUUCGUCUCAAACGUGGGAUUGAAACGACUUCUAGACAAGAAGUCGUGGAAACGACUUCUAGACAAACACAGUGUCCGGUUUCCAAAAUACUCGAGCAUUACAUUAACGAGCUAAAACUUACAGUGCUCUUAGUUUUGACUGAAUGAACUUUUCUUAACAUGGCGAAUUUGUUUUUACUUUCUCGUAAAGCCCUUGUUAUGUGCUAUUGUUUUCGUGCGCCAAUAAAAACUUUCUUUUUUGACACCUGUCAAAUGGCUGUCAAAUCGUGCGUCCUACACUUGUUUCCGGUCCCCCAAACAGGAAGAAGCCAUAUAAUAAACAUCUUAUUAGCCUCGUUUUUUCGGUCCGUACUGUAAAUUACCAAGCGCGAAGCUCGGUCCGUAAUUUACAGUACGGACCGAAAACUCGGCUAAUAAGAGGUAUGUAAAAUUCCGAAAAUAAGCCCCUCCAAAUAUAACCCCCCCAAACUGGUAACGCAAAAAACCCUUCGUUAAAUCUCCCCUCCAAAUUGUACUUGGAAAAUUGCUCUCAAAUACAAAGUAAAGCAAAGCAAAACCGGUAAAUUUACUUCCAGCUAUGAGGCUAACCCAAUCGGUUUUGAAACGCAAAUUUCCCUCCGAAUAUAAGCCCCUCCAAAAAUAAGCCCCUCAAAAGGGCCUUUAAAAAAUAUAAGCCCCAGGGCUUAUUUUCGGAAUUUUACGGUAUAUGUACACCAAAUUGCAAUAACGUUGUCGUAGAAAAAAGCAAAAAGCCAAAUAGGAAUAAAUUAGCCAUGUGAUUUACAUUUGCGUAUCUUAAUUAUUUAACAAUUAUUUAAGAAUUCCUUCACAAUAAUAAGAGAUAAUUCUGUAAUUCGGCGCUGUAAGAUAGACAGGCGCCUCAGUCAUUUUAGAGCCAACAUUCUCCAUCAACAGAAGUCGCACAAUUCGAAAAGGAAAAAGGUAAAUUGACGCGAGCAAUGUUAUGUCUCAGUUGUCGCACUUUCAGUCGCCAAUCUGUUAUGUCCUGACAAACGAAGCUUGGUUUGUGGCUCAGGUGACGAACUGGCGGAGGACCCCCUUACCGUCUUGCGAUGAAAAGUCCUGCCUACGCCCCUGAUUUGUUGCUUGAAAAUUGUGAUCAGAUGGUGUUGUGCACUCAGGGCGAAUUUACCCCAGGCUAUAUUUAUUGAAAAAAAUGGAGCCAUUAUUUCUUUGGUAGUUAUCCGAUUUACCUUUGUAAUUCGUGUACGUUUGAAAUUCGCUAGAUGAAUCAGCCUCGAAUUGCAUUAGAAUGACACCAAGAAACUGAUGCAAAUGAUUUCUCUCAUAUUACUUGAUUAAUAUUCAGCUAUAAGCCUUUGUGUUCUGAGUGUUGCAAGCUGAUAAUUACAUGCUAAUUAAUUCCUAUUUACCUUUUUCCUUUUUGAUUUAUUCUAUGACAACCUUAUUGCAAUUAGGUGUAUUCACAAAACAGUAUUUGGUUUUGUCCUACUAAAAUUUACGACAUGCCCAGUACCCUAGUUUAGUGCUUAUAUACGGUGUCCGGAUGCAAAUUUCUGUAGAGAUGACAGCAGUAAGUAAAAAGACACAAUUUCAUAUUGCUUUAUCUAUUGCUUUAUUUUUUUUUAUCAUUUUCUUUAAAACCCAUGGUGUGGGUACCCUCUGGUAUUUCGGUCCUCGUACAGCAACUUAACAACUGCAAAAAUACCCGAUUUGGAAUCUCCUUGCCCUAAGCUUUCAAACGGUAUAUGUCUGCAAAAUCCCCCUAGGGGUGGGGGGGGGGGUUCACGGGCUGGCCCACGGACUAAUAGUCCUGCAAAUCGCCGGCAAAACGUCUUAGGUUUCUGUCGGCUUUCAAUGUACAGAAACUGUAUAGGUGGCUCUCAUCAUCUGCGUUACAUAUCACACACUUUGCGGUCUUACUAGUGUCAGCCUUCCGAGCUCGUUUGGAGCCGAAAUCCACAACUUCCUGUCUUCCUGUUUCUGGUCUGCCUUAACAUGCUUACUUCUCCUUUCUCUUGCUUUUUCUAACUUGGACUUGCUAACAGGUGACAGGAUUGCUGCCACUUUUUUUUACUACUGUAGCGAUUUCAAUAUCAUUUUUUAUUGCAAAAGGAAAAGAGUCAACAGGGACCAAUUCUAGGUUUCCGUUUUAAAGAGAUUUUCGUUAAGAGAGAUAGUCGACGGUAUUCAAGUACUCAGCACCGUUGAUUAUCCAUUCCAUUCCUCUACUUUUCUCGGGAUCAUUUGCGGCUCUGUACAUUGUAAACGCAGUAGCCCACCUAAUUAAGAUACGAUAGAUCAUUGGAAACGCCCUUUGAAGUCACAAACUACAAAUAUUGCCACUUACUCUUCAGUGCAUCAUUUACAUUUGCUACUCUGUUCUGAAGAAGUAGGGAAUUAAACCAAGAGUUUGAGGUAAAUGUUACUUAUUCGGAAAAUGCAAAAAGUUGAUGUUACUUUUUUGAAUAUGAUCAGAUUUUGCUGGCUAUUUUGCCGUUCGUGAAUUUCUCUUGCUUGGUUUGUGAGUAAACUUCGUUCCUUUUAUUUCGCCUCGCAUAAUUCUGUUUAACUCGGUAUACCUACAAUAUCCAACUAAAAAUAAAAAAGAUCCAAACGCUAGUUAUGGUAAAUAUUUGCAGAAUUUUACGUCUUUAAAUUUUUUGGGCAAUUUUGUUUUCUUGUUCGCAAAUGCUAGGUUAAAAAAAUGGUUUUCUCUUUUCGAAUAAGCAGUAGUUGUUAACAUUACAUCGAACAAAAAAUUCAGCUUAAAUAAACGAAAAACAAUUAUGUUUCGAAUUCCUUUAAGACUUCUCUUACCUUCGACGCAUUAUCCAUUGCUAGAAAGUGAAUAUUGUUCAAUAGUUUGAGAUAGAAGCAAAUCAGAUUGCUUUAAACCCUAAGAUCACUGAGUGUGUAUAUACUAACUGCAUUUAGCUUGAGAUAUCUUUUUUUUUUUCAAUAUUCCGCAUGUACUUGGUGAGUGCAAUAAAAGGUGGAUUGCAUGAAAAGAACAGUGAAGAGGAAAACAAAACAAAACUUUUCCAUCCAUAGGUUUUAUGCUAUAUUUUCGUGACAAAAUGUUUUUUUUAUGAGAGCAUUUUGGAGGAAUAUUUGUUUGAUGUUUUCAAUUUUUAUACGAUGAAACCAAUUGUAGAUAUUUUGGAGAGUUGCAAUAAUGGGGUAGGACUAUUUACUCUGGUAGUGAGAGAUAAAUUUAUUCUCAAAUUGUUUUUCGAAUUUUGUGCUAUCUUUCUUCAUCCGACUUCCAUCAAGGAUAUUGGAUUGGUUAAUUAUUUUGGGCAAUAACAAGAUAUUGGGAUAAAAUCACGAACGGUUUGAAACCUCAGUAAUUGCAAAAUGGUCUCAACAGCUGUAUUUGUUUAAGAUGAAAAUUGCCAUGACUAGUGUGAUAAUGACAUAGCGGUUUUAAUUUUCUGCCUUGACAUUUUUUCCAAAGUAGUCAUAGAAGCUUUAUCUCUUCUAGCCAAAUAGUUACCGUCGAAGCUUGAAGAAAUUCUUUAACAAUGUUAUCGAGAUAUUUCAGGUUCUUGUUUUGGAGGUUAGAAAUACAGGAACAGCUGUUAUAUAGCAUGGUAAUUGGGUAUCAUCUGCAGUAAAUAAAGAGCGUUGAAAAUGCAAUUUUAUUCUAUUUGAAAACGUGUGUGAAAAUUCAGAGGGAACGGUUUUUUUCUCCUUACAAGAAAGAAGUUUGUUGAGCACACGUUGAGAUGACAAAGAGGCCCACAGUGUUGAAAAUAUACAUUCUUUCUUUAUUUUUUCGCCUUUGAACUUAUUUAAAAUGAAUUGCCUUAAAUUGUACCCCAUAUUUUAUUUCUAAUCAAUUUUUGUGUUCUCUUUCGCUUUUCAUACACGGUAGAUAAACACCCGAGAAACAAAGGAAUACGUAUAUUUCCCACUCAAACGAUUUACUGUUUUAAUAAACUCAAAAUUCAUUGUUUAUAAUUUGUUUCACAGUAACAUCGAAAUCUUAAUGACGAAACUAAAUCAACAAAACUCAGAGGAGUUAUGUUGACUUUAGUCUCAGCACAAUGAACAACUUGCAAAACGAAUAUGUAGACUGUCGUCAAAAAACAGUUCACUGGAUGCUCUAAGUACUUGGAUGAAAUAAACCAUCGAAGGUUGCUGUCUGAGGAAUUUUUUUUUUUACGUCAUCGCAAAAAUAAAACGCCGACGCAUUGUUUUUGGAACCGCCGUGUUUGGCGCGCAGAACAAGAAACAAACACAGACCUGUAAAAACCCGACAUUUUCGCAGGCUGACCAACGCGAAGGAUUGUCUAGACAAACAGGAAUGCUUUCACGGAAGCUCGAAAGUGGUAGUAAUAUUAAUAUUCAUUGAUUGAAAUUGCCUUCUCAUUUGUAGGUGACCAAACUUUUGCCAUGCUUCGGGUGACUGCUUGCAUUUUUGUUGCUUUCAUCAGCUCCUUUGUAAAGGGCCAGGAAGGUAUGUUGUCAACAUUCUCAGGCUUUUUCCACACCAGUCCCUUUGUAGGGGCUCUGUCACGGCUCUCUGGUUCGUUUUAUUAUUAUGAUUGCGCAUCCUUUAUCGCUUUGAAACUUAACGUUAGCGAAUAAGUUGUAAAUGUCGACAGCCUCCUGUCAAUUAUACAAUUUUCAUACCAAUUAAGUAUUUUAUGUCCGAUUGACUGCAAUAAGAAAAAAUUAUCAUUUCCUUGAGAACAUAAUAUGCAUGUACUUGAUUUAAAAGAAAAUAUAGGAACACAUUUCAAAUGUUAGACCAAACAAAUUCUUCAGUGUGUAUGUUUUAGUUUUAGUUUUAGCUUUUUUGUUUUUUAUCUCAGGUAAUUUUUGUUUUUCUUUUGUCAUUGGGUAUGGUAAUGUAUGCGAAUGAAGUUGAAACAAAAGAAAAAGAAAAAAUACCUGUGAUAAAACAUUAACUACCACUUAUAUAUGGAGUGUAACUGUUCAAUGUAGGGCCUGUUUACAUGAAGGUGGGGGACCCCAGGUAGGUGAGGUAACAUGUGACGGGUUACCCCACCUAUCAUGUAAAUGUGAUCAAAUUAAAAGGAGAGAUUGUAUGGACAGGCGGGUUACCCCACCUAAGCGGGUUACCUCACCUACCUGGGGUCCCCCACCUCCAUGUAAACAGGCCCUUAAUUAUGUACAAGGAUCGUAUUUGCAGGUUUUUACCUUUUCCGAGCUCAAGAACUCUCACUAUCAAAACGAGGCUAAGUGCCAAACAUUUCCUGUGAAAACGAUAUUUGCAUAAAACUAAAACACCAUUUUCAUAUCAAUAGUUUCUGCUACGCACUUAGCCUUACUUUGAAAGAGAGGCUUGGGGCAUCUCGGAAAUAGCCUAUUGUGUGUGUUUGUUGUGCUCUAGAUUACUCCCUGGAGUUCCCUAAGCAAGGCGUUACCGAUUAUGUGAAUAUCUGGGGCAUGCGCAGUUUAACACAAUUUACGAUUUGUUUGUGGAUGAAGACAGCAACAGGAAACUCAGCACCAUUCAGCUAUGCGCCAACGAAAUCUCUAAACAAUGAGUUGCUUAUUUUCGAUCCAGAUGAUGUUCACCUGUAUAUUGGUAAUGACCAUAGGUAAGUAGGCAAUACUGUAUUCACUCGAAAGAGCACCACAUUUUUCCUCUAGCAAUACAGCGUUUAUUGCCUGGUGGGGUAAAGGCCCAUCGCAUAUAUGGUCCAUAGCCAUUUAUAUAACUUGGUAGUUUGAGGCACUAAGAGAGGGACACAAUGCAUUUCCAUUGCAGACACGCCCGAAUUUUACUUCUAAUUGUUUUAAAGUCAAAAAAAGGGAGAAUUAACGUCAGAAGGAAUUGUUUGCGCCGUUCAAUUAACUCGCUGGUAGGGUCAUAGGUCUUAAACACGUGGCUUCGUCGGAAGGGGAGAGCAGUGCCAAUUCUUGCAUAACGUUUAAAUUCUGCCGACCAAUCCCUUUCCCUUUCUCAAAAUAAGGAUGUAGCCUUAUUCCGUCAGAGGGUGAGAGCAAUGCCAAUUCUUGCGUAACUUUUAAAUUCUACCGACCAAUCCUUUUCGGCCUGAGUUACUGUAAAUUGUCUAUUUAUCUAUUCUAUUUAUUUAGUUCUGGAGACCUGGACACAGACCAACCUAAAGGGAAUGUGUACGAAAGGGACUUAGGUCCCAUGCGAGGUGCCAUCCCUACCCAAUCCCACAACCCGUUAAGGUUGGCCACACCACCGGGUCCUCCACCCCUACUCUUUUCGAAUAGUGAUGCGGGCUCAUUUACGUCCCACAAGAACAAAUGAGUGAAAGUGUUGUGAGACGGAACCUACGGUUUUUCGUCUUUAUCCGAGAAGACUAGAAAUUAGUAUAACCAUUUGCAGAUGUCAUUACGGAGGCAGCACUUUCUUCUCAGUUGUUUAAAGAGCCUGGAUGUUGGUCCUUUUGGGGUUUGAACCCGCGACCUCCCUUUCGAUAGACCGGCGCUCUCCAAACUGAGCUAAUCAGGCGGCGGUUAUUAUUAUCAUUAUUUAUUUACUUUAAUUUUUUUUUAAUUUUUAUUGCAUGUUUUCGCAUAUUUGUAUAUUUGUAGUGAGGUAUUCGUACUUAUUUCUGAUGUUUUUACUGUUGCCAUUUAGUUGUAAGCUUUAUCUUGGGAUGUAAUAUCACUGAUUAUAAGAAUGAUAAGUUAUUGAUGUCGCCUGAUCUUUGUCCCAGGUCUGUGGGCAUAACUGCAGACGAUAACAAAUGGCAUCAGAUAUGUGUGACUUGGGAAAACAGUAAGGGCGAAUGGAAAAGCUACAAAGAUGGAGUAUUUGUGAAAUCAGGCGUAGACUUCAAGAAAGGUUACACCAUAAAUGCUGAGGGUUCCUUGAUGCUUGGGCAAGAGCAGGACGAUGUCGGCGGAGGUUUCGACUCAACACAGUCGUUUGUUGGGAGACUGGCAAAUGUUAAUGUGUGGUCGUAUGUGUUACCAGGUUCUACCAUCAAUGAGUUGUCAAAAUGCUGCUUGACAGGGGAAGGAAAUGUUUACAAGUGGUAUGAUUUCUUAUAUGGAAUAAAAGGCAACGUACGUUUACGGAUUCCAGCAGGAUGUCCUUGUACCUUCUAA